GCGCAGAAUCAAAACGAUGGCUCAAAGGAUCAAAACAAAGCCAAAGCCAAACUAUGAUCGGAAAGCAAAGCACCCGGACUAUGUCCAAUUUCGGUGCAAUGCCUAUGCUUUCAACAGCAUCAUUAGAGACAUAAAGGACAAGCUCAAUGAAAGGCAGAAGAAGCUUCUCAAGAAAACCCCUUUCUGGAACUUGAUCGAGCUGUUUUACCGCCAGAGAAUUGACAUGAAUAACAUGAAUAAGUCGGACAUUGACUUAGCACAGCUGCUCAAGACAUUUGAUCCGGAUACAAAGUCCUUCAAAUUUGGAACCAAAUCGUUCCAAAUCACAAGCAAUGCAGUGACUCAGAUUCUAGGACUGCCAAAUGAAGGCAAAUCUGUCAAACUUGUCAAUGAUAGGUACACUGCUACCUUCAGAACAAGGCACUUUGGAGAAAAGGGAAAACCUUCAAAAAACCAGGUAGAAGCAGAAUUACAAAAGACAAUUGCCUUGGCAAACCAACCAAAGAAAGAAAAGGCAAAGACAGAGCAAAAGAAAAAAACGAACAAAGGAAAAGAAAAGAAAGAAGCUGAAGAAGAAGAAGAAGAAGAAGAAGUUGAUUACGACAAGGAGGUGGUCAGCCUAAUAUUGAUUCUGCUGUGCAUGACAUUCCUUUUUGCCAACUCUUCAUCUACUUUGCAUUGGAAAUUAUUUGAGCACUGCGUGAAUCUAGACACACUUUCAAGCUAUUCGUGGGCAAGAGCUGUUUCAGACUACAUGAAUGAAUCCUUGACCGCAAAAGCAAAAGCAAAAGCAAAGAAGGGAGGAGAAGCCUCUAUAGGAGCUGUUUCGGGUUGCACUAUCCUAAUAUUGUUUCUACUGUGUGAGAGGACAAACAUCAUACAACCAAUCCUUGGCAAGGAGAAAGAAACUCCUGCCAUUCUUAAAUGGAGUCUUGUGGAACUCCACACAAGAUUCAACCAAAUAAAGGACUUGAAUGACAUCGAGGGUAUUUUCAAAACUCCUAAAAAGCGAAAAACUACCAGGGAAGAGGAAGACACUGUUGAGAAGGGUAUUUUGAAAACAUAUAAAAAGAGAAAAACUACCGGAGAAGAGGGAGACCCUCUUGACAAGGAAAAAGAAAAAGAAGAUGAUGAGGGAAAACCUGAUGAUGCAAUUCAAGACCUCUUGGUGAAGUCCAUGACAGACCAAAUCAACUACCGCCAACAACAAGAUCCUAGCUUCGUUUGCCCGGAAAGAUUACAACUGUGGAAGGAUGAAAAGAAUGAAGACAGUGAGAAGAAAAUGAAGGAAUUGUGGGAUAUAUUUAUCCAAGCAGAAAAGAGAUCAAAGGAGCUGGAAGUGGAGUUGGCAACAUACAUAGAGAAAUUAGAUAAUGAAGAAUGUGUGACUGCCACCAUGACAGUGGAAUCUACAGUUCAGCUUAAUGAAAUACAAAAUCUGAAAAGGAGGAUUGCAGAAUUGGAAGGCAAGGAAACUGGUAUUGACAUGGAGAAGAUUGCCAAGAAAAAGGAGAUUCAAGAAAAGUACAAGGCAGAAAUUGAAAGCUUGUUGUCAGACCCAACAAUCUUUGAAAUGGAGAUGGAUCUGCCUACAAAACAACCAACACAACCAGUUGAAGAGAAAGAAGAAGAAAAGAAAGAAGAAGAGAAGCAACAAGAAGAGAGAGAAGAAGAGAAGAAGCAAGAUGCUCCAACACCUAAUGUUCCUUCAAGAGUACAAAGGGUGAAGAACAGAGAAAGAAAGAGGCUUCAAGCAUCUUGCUAUGUGUACGAAAAAAAUAAGAAAACAAAAAAGGAGGCAAAAAAGGAUGAUGAAGAACUACCACAAUUCAAGCUUAUCUCUUCCGAGGAGUUAACACAAGAGGCAUCUCAGCCCGAUGCCACAAAUCCAAUUCCUGACCCCCCUAAAGGAACGAGCCUUCAUGAUUCAAUACCUGUGGAUCCACAACAAUCAAGUGAUGAAAAUGAAGGACAAAAAAAGCAAACAAAGAAAAAACUAGGAUGGGGUCAGAAAAAGGUGUGGCAGAAAAUUUCAAAGCCGGACAGGGAAAGAAUUGAAAAACACUACUUAAGCACUCAACUUCGUGAUAUCUUUUGGGCAGGACUCAAUGAUGAGAAAGUGACAAACCAUGAUCUCAAAGAUAUUGUAUGGGACCUGGAAGUGUCACAAAACGUAAGUAUUUACCAAUUCUAUAACACACACUGCACUGUAUUUUUUAUUUGUGCUACCUAUAUUCCCCAUUUAUAA